GCUCGGCUUGCCCUGUGUUGUCCAUUUCUUAACUUAACAGAUUUAGGACGUUGUCUACAACAGCUGGACAUUUGCCACAAUGCUUGAAUCAAUUUCGAAAAUGUCUUUUGACCAGCCGCUAUUAAUGAUCUGGUUCCCGCUUGCUACAAUUCUGAUUUUAGCAUUGUGGAAGAUAUCAACAACUACAGAUAUUCCUCACAUUAAAGGAUUGCCGGAGAUACCAGGAGCACUACCCAUUGUUGGGCAUUUGCUUGCGCUCGGCGACGAUCAUGCCACCGUGUGUGAAAGAUGGUGGAAGAAGUAUAAGUUCUCAACCUUUCAGAUUCGUUUAGGAAACACUCGUGCCGUCGUGGUCAACUCGUUUGAAGACUGUCGGCGUAUGCUCAUCGGUAACCAGUCCGCAGUAAUUGAUCGUCCGACGCUUUAUACUUUUCACGGAGUCAUUUCCUCCACACAAGGUUUCACGAUCGGAUCGUCGCCAUGGGAUGAAUCUUGUAAGAACAAGCGGAAAGCCACUGGUCAAGCGCUUGGAAGACCAGCCAUCAGGACCUACUGGCCAAUGUUCGAUCUAGAGUCAUACUGCAUCGUUCGUGAUUUGGUCAAGGACAGUGAGAAAGGCGAGAAACUGCUCAACAUCAGACCGUACUUUCAGCGAUACGCUUUAAACACUACGUUGACGCUGUGCUACGGCAUUCGUAUGGACUCUGUAUGGGAUGAUAUGCUGCGAGAGAUUUUAUACGUGGGCAGUGCCAUCAGUUUGCUGCGCAGCGCAUCCGAAAACUUUCAGGACUAUAUCCCGCUCCUAAGAUGGCUUCCAAAAAAUGAAAAGAAUAGAAGAUCGAAAGAGCUAAGAGAACGUAGGGACAAGUAUUUGAACGAAUUGCUUGACAAAGUGCGGAACAUGAUCAAGAAAGGGACCGACAAGCCAUGCAUCUCUGCCGCUAUCCUGAAAGACGAGGAGACAAAAUUGACGGGUGUGGAAGUGAGUUCCAUCUGUUUGAGCCUUGUAUCUGGGGGGUUCGAAACGAUUCCAGGCACUCUGACUGCUUGUAUUGGGUCCUUAUCCACGCCUGAAGGGCAGAAGUUUCAAGAGCGGGCUUACGACGAUAUCCUCCGUGUAUAUGGGAGCGUUGAAAGCGCCUGGGAGAAGUGCUUUCAGGACGAAAACGUACCGUACGUGAACGCCAUCUGCAAGGAGGCUGAGCGAUAUUACACGGUUUCCGCCAUGUCACUGCCGCGCAAGACCGUGUCGGAAAUCAAAUGGGACGGUGCUGUAAUUCCACCGAAGACCAUGAUUCUGAUCAAUGCCCAAGCUGCCAACCAUGACGAAGCACGUUAUGGUCCCACAGCGUCAGAAUUCAACCCUGAGCGCUGGCUUUCGUCUCUGUCGCCCCCAACAGAAAUUGAGGCAAAGGGCAUUCAGCACUUUGACUUCGGCGCCGGCUCUCGCAUGUGCUCCGGCCAGUUCAUAGCAUCCAGGCUCUUGUAUGCAGCACUUGUGCGUGUGAUUACGAGCUUCAAGAUUAUUGCUAGCAAAGAGGAGCCGCCCAACACGGAUUAUGUGGAUUAUAAUCAGUUGAAAUCCGCGCUCGUAGCAAUCCCGGUGGAUUUCAAGGUCAGGCUAGUUCCACGCGAUGGUGUUUCUCUUGAAGCUUCUUUGAUUGCUGCAAAAGAGAGGACGAAAGAUGCCUAUAGAGAGGACUAGACCUUGGAGGUUGUCUAACAUGCCUGCAGCACUGUUUUCCGUUUCAAGAUUUUCAUCCAGGCCUCGACUCUAUUUAUCAUUAGCGUUC